UUACCUUGUUUUUGAACAGGAUUCCCUCCUGCCGCCCCGGUGGUCUCUAUGAACCCCGCAGGUCCUCCUCCAUCCGUCACAGAAACCCCAACCGAAGAACCUUCAAAUGAAUCCCUCGAGGCUCCCAAGAGUCACAUGGACCCGACAGGAGCUCAAGCGCUCAGUCCGCCGCCUCUCAGGGGGUUUCUGGGGCCCAGACCGGGACCCCUACCGCCACACCACCCUGUGGGGCUCCGCCCACCCUUCAUGCCCCCUUUCGCUAAUAACGCCCGUCCCAUCCUGCCCCCUCCCAAUAUGGCCCCUCAAAUGAUGCCCCCUAGGGGCCCCAACCCCAUGUUCGGAGAACCCCCUGCAGGGCGAUUCCGGAUGCGCAUGAUAGGUCCUCCAAGACACGAUUUCCCCCGUCACAGGCUCCCAAUGGGUCCUAGAGGAGAGGAACCGCACUGGCGGGAUCAAGGACCUGAAAGGGGCCCGGACAGAUUUGGAAACGAGCCACCGUUUCAUCGGGGUGGAUGGGGAAGGGGGGGCCCUCGUGGACGAAGUCGCUUUGGGAACUGAGUUGCGUGGUUUUUUUAGGUACUGCUGGCUUCAGCUGUGACUGGACUGCGGAAAACGUGACUCUGCGUCCCUGUGAAACGGGAAUACGGAGAACAUAUUCCAUGUAUUAUAUACAGAGUCCACAUGAAAUUAACAGACACUGUUUGACAUCUCUGAAUAUGAGUGAUAGUGCUCAUCUUUCUACGUGUCGUCAUGUUCGCUUAAAUAGGCGAGACAGAACCAGGGAUCAUAUAUUAUGAAAUUCCCAUCUCGCUCCAUGCGAAUUCAUGCGAGGUCUGUCAUUUUCGGACGUUACACUCACUACCAUAGACUAACAUAAGAGGUCUAGUGUAACUUGUUAAAUGUAAAUAGUACAGUUUGCACAUUUCUCAAUUGUUCUAUGAAGAACCAUCUGUGGAAAAUGUUCAGCCCAUCUUCCGUUGUGUAUAUUUGGAGGUAGUAUUUACUUUGAAGCUUCUGUAGGCUUUCAGUGAGGAAGAAGAACAAAACUCUAGUCAGCAGUGGAGCAUCAUCUUUGGCCGGCUAAUUUUACGAAGCUAUUUUUUACCAAUCAAUCUUGUUUUCUUUUUCUGUCUUAAUGGUUUAUAUUAACAUGCUAAAACGAACUCGAGUAAAUGUUGUGGCUACUUAAACUGACUUGUUAGUUUUCUUUUGCAAGGAGUUGAAGUGUAGAGAAUGCAGUUCUGCAGUUUUCUCAGUAGAGGGCGCUAUUUGUCAAG